GACACACGAUUUCCGCUUGUGAACCAAGGACGUCAGGCUUCCAGUCACUGACUUGAGCUUCACACAAAAUGGUCCCCAGGAAAGGUUGCAACGAAGAGAUGCACAACUUUAGUUCCACCCGUGAAGUAAACAGGACGGAGUGCCCUGCGGCCUGAGUUCCACUUCUGGCACAUUACUUCCGCUUACGGAUGGUGCAACAUGCGAUUCCCUGCCCACCGGGCGGCUAUUAAAUCGGAUCCGCUUUCGGCCCAGGAAGGGAAUUGAUCGCAUCGGACAUUGCGGGCCCGAUAGGAAACGCCUUAAGGGACGGGACUAACAGGUCCAAGUGAACAGGUCAGAAACGGCUGAUUCUGACCGCAAAAGAGGCAGCACAGAGCAUAUUCCCUGUCACUCAUCGAGGCGGGGCAGGAAAUAAGUCCCAUCAUCUCAGAGGAACCGGAAUUGGUUGUCUCAAGACGGAAGUGGACAAUUUCUGGUCCCUCCCAGAACGGAAGUGAACCCCCCAGACCGGAAAUGUGCGAUCCUUUCACCAUGGAGCUGGUUCCACUCACCAGGCUGCUGCAGGGGAAGAGGGUGGUCCUGGCGAGCAGCUCCCCCAGGAGGCGGGACAUCCUGUCCUCCAUGGGACUGCAGUUCGAGGUCAUACCCUCCCACUUCCAGGAGUCCCUGGAGAAGGCGAGAUUUCCGGCUCCGCCCGAAUAUGCCCGGGAGACAGCAAAGCUGAAGGCUCUGGAGGUGGCGUCGCGGCUGCGCAGGGACCUGCACCCUCCUGAUGUCAUUAUUGGAGCUGACACCAUUGUGGCCGUGGAUGGCGUCAUCCUGGAGAAGCCAAAGGACAAGGAUGAUGCCUACAGGAUGCUGCGCAGGCUGAGUGGCCAGCAGCACAGUGUCAUCACCGGUGUGGCCAUCUUGAGGCCACUGUGGCGGAGGCAGCUUCAGGAGCCGAGUUCCACAUGCCCAGAGGCCCCAGAGGCGGAAGGGGACCCAGAAGCAGAAGUGGAAUUGUCACUGUUCCACGAAGAGACCCGUGUGACAUUCUCGCGGCUAUCGGAGCCACUGCUGUGCGAAUACGUGGAGAGCGGGGAGCCUCUGGACAAGGCUGGCGCCUACGGGCUUCAGGCGCGAGGUGGUGCCCUAGCAGAGCGCGUGGAAGGAGAUUUCUUCAAUGCCGUGGGGUUUCCACUCAACCGCUGCAUUCGUGAGCUGGCUGCCAUCUUCCCGGAUGUGGGACCACAAGUCCCUGUCAGCCAGCGUCCGGCCACACCCCAAUAAUGAGGAUUGUAGAUGGAGAGUGAGUAUAGCAAGGUUCCCUCAAGUGCAUCACUUCCCAGUGCUAGGACACAGGACAUGGGGUGAGGUGUGUGGAGGCAGGGUUAGGGGACAGGCCCACCGAGGGGAGUACACCCAAACCCGCCCCUGUGGCCCUGCCCCUCCUGAUGCCCCUGAUGCCCCGCCCUCACCAUCUUCAUGGGCCCUGCCCUUGCCCCCACUGGGUCCUGCAUGAGCAGCUUCACCAUCAGAUGCCUGUGAUGGACAUUUGACAUCAGGAGCAGGGUCAGGGGAGGCCCCACCCCCUGCCCGCACUCUGAUUUGCAUAUUCAAGAGCUGCCUGGAGACUCAGAAGACAUCAAGUACAGAAACUGCUGGGGUUAAUUUGCAUGGCCACACC